GAGGGGGGGUUUGUUUUGUUGUUGAAGCUCUGGAGAGAGAGAGAGAGAGAGAGAGAGAGAUGGAGGGUUGGUAUUGUGUGAAGGAGCAGAAGACGAUGUGUCGGAUGGUCGAAAGGUACUUCAAGGAUUGCCUUUGCAAUCUCAGAGACGACAUGUCGUUUGGGUUGGGGAUUGUAAGUUUGGUGUGUUGGGGACUUGCUGAGAUUCCUCAGAUCGUUACCAAUUGUACAAAAUCCAGCCAUGGCGUCUCUACUCUCCUCCUCACUUGGGUCGCCGGGGAUGUGUUUAAUCUUGUGGGGUGCCUUCUGGAACCUGCCACGCUCCCCACUCAGCUCUACACAGCACUGCUUUACACAGUGAAUACGAUAGUUUUGGUUCUGCAAAGUAUUUAUUAUGAUUACGUCACUACAUGCUGCAGCGACCCGAAGGGGAAACCUGACCAAACGUGUAAGGCGGAAGAGGAAAAAACGCCGUUGAAAGGCAGUAAAGUGGUAAGCUAUGCCGGAAUUGCAAUUCCGAAAGCUUCGCCGAAGGCAACUCCUCGGCGGGAAUUCUAUUUCACGUCAGCUCGAUCGUUGGCCGGAAGCGACACGCCGCCGUUUAGGGCGUUUCUCCGCCUACCGAAAAGUGGGCCCUCCGCUCUCGGCGAUGACAGCUCAUCUUCUGACGAUGAACCCGAAACUGCCGCCGUCUUCUCCCAUUCCACCGUCACCCAGCCUAGGCCCAUUCCUCGAUCGGUUGGCUAUGGAACGUUUUUAGCUGCAUCAGUAAAUUUGCCAUUCCAAAGCAAAGGUUUCUCAGAUGGACUUAGUGGAAGGAAACUUUUACAAGAACAUCAAAGUCACAGUGGUUUUGGCCAAUUGUUGGGUUGGCUUAUGGCUGCAAUUUACAUGGGUGGUAGACUCCCUCAAAUUUGGUUAAACAUCAAAAGAGGAAGUGUGGAGGGGCUGAAUCCUCUCAUGUUUGUGUUUGCCUUGAUUGCCAAUGCCACAUAUGUAGGAAGCAUUGUGGUGAGAAGUACAGAAUGGGAGAAUAUCAAAGCCAACAUGCCAUGGCUGCUUGAUGCUGUUGUUUGUGUCCUCCUUGACUUAUUUAUAAUUCUUCAGUACAUAUAUUACAGAAGGUUUAGAAGGAAGAGACAAGGUGGAGGAAGAGACUGCAAAGACUAUGAAGAAGCAACAAAACAUGCAACCUUGUGACCUGUUUAAUUUAACAAACCCUUCUCUUCUUAAUUACUUAAGUUAACCACAGGAAAAAAAGGAGGUCCUUUUGGCUUCCUUAAUGAGUGAUUUAAGUGGCUGCUAAUGAAAGAUUAGAUCCACCUCAAUGCAGUGAGUUUUCAGAGGUAGUUGAAUAUUCUUUUUAUUGUUCUUGAAGGAUUGUUCUUAGACUUGUUUGUGUAGUUUGGAGUUGAAAUGCAAAGAAUUAAUUUGAUUUGGGUAGUUUCCAAGAUAGAAAAUACCAGUGAGAUUGAUAUCAAUGUACCAUGGGAUCACCCACAUUUUCUUUUAGUUCAAUGAUUGCAUGUGAGUAGGGAAUGAAAUCAUCGACUUUUGUGAUGGUAA